AUGGAUUCCAAGGGUAACAUCCGAAGUGGAAACAAACCCGAUGCCAAGGCCCCCAGCUCUGGAAAGCCAGAAAAGCCCAGCCCUGGGCCUGCUACGAACGCAGACAAGAAGGAUACCCCCAAAGAACAGCCUAAUCCUGCCACUGCUCCCAAGAAGGCAGGCAGCGAUGCUGCUGUUGUGAACAACCACAGCAACCUGAAACCCAGUGCAGCCGCCACGGAGACACAAGAGGCCACUGGCCAGUCCCCUGACUCUGACCACAAGGGAAAUGGCUCCGAGGAGUCACCAGGCAGCAUCUUCGACAACAUGAAGCCCUUGAUCAUCGUUGGAGGAGUGGCGGUGGCGGCGCUGGCGGUGAUUGUGGGAGUGGCGUUCCUCGCCCGGAAAAAAUGA